AUGGCCCAAAUCAAAGGCCUCGAUGCCCACGACCGCCCGCCGGAGGCCGUCCGGCUUUGUUUCAAGAAAUAUUCUAGGCUUCCUCUGUCCGAAAUCGACAAUGAUCCCGGCAUCCUCGAUCUCCAGGGUGUUGAUCCAGAUAAUCUACCUCCGAGCCUGACCAUCUCGCAGUACAUGUCGAGCCAGGAGCUCCGGCUGGCAUUCGAUGACUUCAUCCGCGGGGGACAUGCCUCCGGUCAGGACCAAGCUCCCUUGGCGGAGAACAUGCCGGUCUAUACCCACAAUGCAGUUUCCGGUCUCCUGAUGAUCCCCUCUAUAUUCCCUCCCACCGUCCAGUCCGAACUGGUAUCACGUUUGCUCCACCGGGACCUUCCGAACCCCGAACAUAAAACCAAUCUUCAUCUGCAUUACGACGUCACAUACCCGGAAGGAACAGACAGUACUGCGACCACGAAGUCGUUCUUCGCAGAUGACCCAACACGUACACUGCAGCCAAAGGACCCGCAGGUUCAUUUGCCCCUGUCCAUCCAGAAUGUGCUCGAGAAGAAGCUCCGCUGGGUCACUUUGGGCAGCCAGUACAACUGGACCGACGAAGUCUACCCUACCGAAGCUCCGCCACCAUUCCCGCAAGACGUUGCGAAUUUGUUGAAAGCCGCAUUCCCCGAGACCGAGGCGCAGGCGGCAAUUCUGAAUUUGCAUUCAGCUGGAGACACCCUCAGUAUGCAUCGAGACGUCAGCGAGGAUUGCGAUGUAGGCUUGAUCAGCGUAAGCUUCGGAUGCGAUGGCUUGUUUCUCGUGAGCCAUGAUGAUGGGAAUGGUGCGGAGAUUAUUCGACUUCGAUCAGGUGAUGCCGUGUACAUGAAUGGAACGUCGCGCUUUGCCUGGCAUGGAGUCCCGAAGAUUUUACCCUCUACUUGUCCGAACUGGUUGGCGGACUGGCCGUCUGCUGGCGGUGAUGCGCCCAGUGUUCUCAUAGAUCCUUAUGAGAUGUGGAAAGGGUGGAUGUCCAGCAAGCGGAUCAACCUUAAUGUGCGGCAAAUGACUACUUCUCAUGCUUCUUGA